AUGUCUUCAAUCCGUGCAAUUUUGACUCCUCAGCUCCGCGCAGCCAUCAGGCCCCAGCAAUUCCGCACCUACCAGAAACCCAUCCGUUUUCAAGUCGCAGCUAUGUCGGCUGUCUCAGAUGCCAUUGUCAAGGACCAUCGUGAGCUAAAGGACUACUACAACGAAGUAGUCAACUCCACCGACCACGAUCACCAGCAGCGCUUCGGUAACCAAUUCGUCUGGGAACUUGCACGUCAUUCCAUCGGCGAAGAACUCAUCGUCUAUCCCGCUAUGGAGAAAUACAUGGGCGAUAAAGGAAAGCAAUUAGCUGAUGAAGAUCGCCAAGAGCACCACCAGGUCAAGGAGCUUCUCAAGGUCUUUCAGAACCUGAAAGCCCAAGAUCCUGAGUAUCUUCCCAAGAUCAAGGAAAUCUGGGGUUUGCUGGAGAAGCACAUUGAAGAGGAAGAGAAUCGGGACUUGCCUGCUCUUGAACAGGCGAUCAAGUCGCAGGACCAAGAGACGGAGAGCUUGGCGACGCAGUUUGCGCGUACGAAGCAGUUUGUGCCGACGAGGAGUCAUCCAAGCGCUGGAGAGAAUCCGCCGUUUGAGUCGGUUAUGGGACUUAUGGCGGCGCCUAUCGAUAAGCUUGCUGAUAUGUUCCGCAAGUUUCCUGAUAAGAGUCAGCUGUAA